CAGGAAUCCGUGUCUCCAGUGUGACCACUGAGUGCAGCGGGAAGGGCCUGCAUGAUGAAGGCUUUCUCCCUCCUCCUCCUCCCUGCACUGGGGCUGCUGGUGUCCAGUGAGUCACUGUGUCCGGUGGAUGAAGCCAUCAACGAGAAGAUCAAGGGCGGCACCAGCUCCCUGUUUCUUAGUGGAUUGAGGAGCCUGAGCCUGGACUGCCGCACUGUCACCUCCAGGGGGGACCUGACCACCUGUCCUGGAGGCUACUCCGUCACCGGCUGCACCUGUGGCUCCGCCUGCGGUUCGUGGGACGUGCGCGCCGAGACCACGUGCCACUGCCAGUGCGCGGGCAUGGACUGGACCGGAGCGCGCUGCUGCCGCAUCAGGACUAACGCCUGA